GUCAAGGUGUUUACACUGGCAUGACAGGUCUAUGCAUUGUAGCUUCGACAAUGAUCUCAGCUUUGAAGCGAUGUGCGGCGUACUUGGUGUUCUUGCUGGCGACGACCCUCUCCGGACCACGGUCGGAUCAGCUGCCAAAACUUGAGACCCUCAUCGCAACUCUCGGGCGGCGUAUGAGCUACCUGGUCUUCCUGCUGGUGGUGAUUACCUUGCUUGCCGUGGCCGAAUUUGAUGAGUCAUGGAUAGAUCUAAAGACAUCAUUCUUAGGAUUGGCUUGUGGACUGGGCCUCUGCUUCUUUCACGUGCCAAAUUCAGGGAUACAGGGUGGCGCAUCCAUGUUUGUGAAGGUGGUUCUCUGUGCUGUUGUGUGGCUGGUGAGUGCUUACACAGCGGCCUACCCCUGGCUUUUGUGGCCCGGGAUUGACCCCUCCGUAGCAACAGGUAUGUUUGAUCGGCGUUGGCUCAAUUUGGUUGUGAUGGUCAUUUUCAUGGUGCUCAUCGCUUGUUGCCAGUUCAAGCGGCACCCACCCUCCGCUCUUGCAUACGAUGCCAAGUGGUGUGUCUUUGGGAGCUGGCUGGAAUUGCUGGCCAUUAUAUUGUAUGAAGUAGCCAAAGCCAAUGAACGUCUGGCACAUGACAGCAACCACCUGAUGGAUUUCUUUCUUUGCAUGGCCUACAGCAUUGAAUCGGUCGUUUUGGCCUGGACCUUAGGUGCCUUCCGGUGCCACAUCAGCUCCUUGCAAUUGUCCAAAAAUGAGCUGCCCUGUGGGUGGAUCUACAUCAUGUCCCUAGCCCUUAUUGCCCAGGUUUUGGUCAAUGUGAUACAGAGGUACUUUGAUACUACUUCCUUCUCAUUGCUCCUGAGUAUACUGCUCUUGGCGGUCUUCCUAGUGAUUCUUGCAACCUAUACUGCGAAGUUUUGCUUGGUCUUGAGCCGGGGCUUGCACGUCCUGCUGGUGGAAGCGAGCCGAGUCGAGGGCUCGGCCCGUCGGAACAUGAUCUGGGCUGCUAAAGUGUUGCGGCUAGAGCUGACGGUUGUCUUUCUCUUUGGUGUUACUGUCUUCGUCGCCUGGUCCUGCAUCUUUGCCAUUCGAGUCUUGAAGCUAGCUUCUGAAGAGGACUACGGGACACUGAGAGGAAGGCUUUGGAACUAUGCGAGCUUACUCCGUCGCUUUGCAUGGGCCUUUUCUUCAACUUGCCUCACUGGCAUCCUUUGGCAAGGAAGGGAACCAUCUGAGGAUGAGAGUGGCACAGAAACCCGGCGCCACGCAAGCUCCGCGACGCGGCUCUCAGACGAUAUGGGUGAGGAGGACCGGGAGAUCUUCAAGGCGACCGUGGAAGACUUGGCGGGUCGUGGACUAACGCUUCGUUCUCUCACUGGCUUUUGGGGUGAUUUGUUGGAUCUGGAGAUUAUGCCUCACUUCGAUCCACGCCUUUCAAGUACAAAUGACGUGGUACGGCAGGCCAUCAUCCCAAUGUCUCGGCAGGGCAGUGGUGGCAAGGCUUUGGCCUGUCUUUGGGAGGAUCAGCCGCUGUUCCCAACCACCAUGGUCACGCACAACUGGUCCAAUGUCUUUGGACAUUUGGUGGCUGCGGUCCUGGCUGACGCCUUAGGAAAAGACACUUAUGCCGGUGUGGCUGCCCAGCUGACGAGCAAGAAGGGCCUUGAACAGCUGAAGCUGCACCUGGAUGCAGAGGGUAAGUUAGACUCCACUUGCUGGAUUUGUGCCUUCUCCGUGAAUCAACACGCCAGCAUUUGUGGUGGCUUUGGUCCCGAACCCGACCGAGUCAGGGAGCCCGAGAGAUGGAAGUGCUGGGACCGAACUCGCCGGGACUCUGUCACCGACCGGGCCUUUCUGGUAUGUUCUUGCCAGGUGCCGAAGGCCUUCGACCAGAGCGACGCCAGCUGCGAAAUCAACAAGUUUGAUGACAUGAUGCACUUCCUACAACAGCAGGACAUUGGCUUCGGCCAGCUGGUGGUAGUGGAUGAGCACUUCGGGGUACUUCAUCGUGCGUGGUGCAUUGCGGAGAUCGUGGAGGGGAAUACCAUCGCUGGAGAGGAUGGCAACUUCCGCAUGCGAGCCACGGUGUACUCCCAGAAUUCGGUGUUUCUGAACUACGACAGUCUGGCGGUGCUGGACGUGCGGGAAUGCUGCGCCACCUUGGAGAAAGACCGGGAGUUCAUCCUCUCCAAGAUUGAAGGACAGGAAGCAGAAUUCAACAUGAAGCUGCAAAACUUCAUCUUCGGCUCCAAGGGUUUGUUCAGAACCUGGGUGGACAGUCGGGAGCGCGGUCGCCGGGUGGCGUUCAUCUGGCGGAAAGCGGCGGCCUUGGCAUCCGAGAAUCUUCAUCCAUCCUGUGCAGAGCGGGUGGUCGAGUUCUUCUUGUUUCGGCCACCGAUCUGGUGUCGCUGGGACACAAUAGAACCGGACUUGAGAGAUGGAGCCGAGAUGAGCCGAGUCUAGAGCCCGCGUGAAGGGGAGGAAUGGUGUUUAGAGACCAGCUGAUGGCCACAUGAAAUUGUGCAUUUUUGGAUUUUUGCAACCUAUAGCUUCUUACAGUUCUGAAGUGAGAAUGGUUGCUGUAUAGACUUAAUCUCCGCAACGCUCCGGUGUUCGGUGUGCACACCAGGUGAGGCGUCUGCCAGGCUACAAGCAUAGCAUUCAAGUGAUUGGCAAAAGGCCAACAUCCAUCAGAACCUUUAGACCCCAAAAA